ACAGCCUUGGAGACAUUACUCCUGAGAGACCGCAGCUGUUGGAAGAUGAGCUCCAACUUCUAAAAAUGUAUCACUACCAGGAUUGAGAUACAAACAGCAUUUAGGAAGAUCUCAUCUGAGUAGCAGCUUCCUGCCCUCCUUCCUGGAGAUAAGUCAGGCUUUUGGUGAGACAGACUUUCCCUACCCUCUGCCCGGCCGGUGCCCAUGCUUCUGUGGCUGCUGCUGCUGAUCCUGACUCCUGGGAGAGAACAAUCAGGGGUGGCUCCAAAAGCUGUACUUCUCCUCGAUCCUCCAUGGUCCACAGCCUUCAAAGGAGAAAAAGUGGAUGUCAUAUGCUGGGGAAUAUCACAUUCCCCAGCCCAGGGAGAUACGUCUUGGUAUCGCGAUGAGAAGUUGUUGAAAAUAAAACAUAACAAGAUCCAAAUUACAGAGUCUGGAAAUUACCAAUGUAAGACCCAAGGAUCCUCCCUCAGUGAUGCCAUGCAUGUGGAAUUUUCAUCUGACUGGCUGAUCCUGCAGGCUUUACAACCUGUCUUUGAAGGAGAUAAUGUCAUUCUGAGAUGUCGGGGGAAAGACGACAAAAACGCUCAUCAAAAGGUUUACUACAAGGAUGGAAAACAGCUUCCUAAUAGUUAUAAUUUAGAUGAGAUCACAGUGAAUUCAGUCUCUGGGGAUAAUAGCAAAUAUCAUUGUACUGCUACUCAUAGGGAGUUUUACAUAUUUGACAAAAAAGAAACUUCAAACCACGUAAAUAUCCGAGUUCAAGAGCUGUUUCUACAUCCUGUGCUGACAGCCAGCUCUUCCACGCCCAUAGAGGGGAGUCCCAUGACUCUGACCUGUGAGACCCAGCUCUCUCCACAGAGGCCAAAUGUCCAGCUGCAAUUCUCCUUCUUCAGAGAUAGCCAGACCCUCGGAUCGGGCUGGAGCAUGUCCCCCAAACUCCAGAUCCCUGCCAUGUGGACUGAAGACUCGGGGUCUUACUGGUGUGAGGCAGAGUCAGUGACUCACAGCAUCAAAAAAAGGAGCCUGAGAUCUCAGAUACGUGUACAGAGAGUCCCUGUGUCUGAUGUGAAUCUAGAGAUCCGGCCCACCGGAGGGCAGCUGAUUGAAGGAGAAAAUAUGGCCCUUAUUUGCUCAGUAGCCCAGGGUUCAGGGACUGUCACAUUCUCCUGGCACAAAGAAGGAAGAGUAAGAAGCCUGGGUAGAAAGACCCAGCAUUCCCUGUUGGCAGAGCUGCAUGUUCUCACAGUGACGGAGAGUGAUGCAGGGAGAUACUACUGUGCAGCUGAUAACGUUCACGGCCCCAUCCUCAGCACAUGGGUUCGAGUCACCGUGAGAAUUCCGGUAUCUCACCCCGUCCUCACCUUCAGGGCUCCCAGGGCCCAGGCUGCGGUGGGGGACCUGCUGGAGCUUCACUGUGAGUCCCUGAGAGGCUCUCCCCCGAUCCUGUACCGAUUUUAUCAUGAGGAUGUCACCUUGGGGAACAGCUCAGCCCCCUCUGGAGGAGGAGCCUCCUUCAACCUCUCUCUGACUGCAGAACAUUCUGGAAACUACUCCUGUGAUGCAGACAAUGGCCUGGGGGCCCAGCACAGUCAUGGAGUGAGUCUCAGGGUCACAGUUCCGGUGUCUCGCCCCGUCCUCACCCUCAGGGCUCCCGGGGCCCAGGCUAUGGUGGGGGACCUGCUAGAGCUUCACUGUGAGUCCCUGAGAGGUUCCUUCCCGAUCCUGUACUGGUUUUAUCACGAGGAUGACACCUUGGCGAACAGCUCGGCCCACUCUGGAGGAGGGGCAUCCUUCAACCUCUCUCUGACUACAGAGCAUUCUGGAAACUACUCCUGUGAGGCUGAGAAUGGCCUGGGGGCCCAGCACAGUAAAGUGGUGACACUCAAUGUUACAGGAACUUCCAGUAGCAGAACAGGCCUUACCGCUGUGGGAGUCACGGGGCUGGUGCUCAGCAUCCUCGGACUUGCUGCUGCUGCUGCUCUGCUGCAUUACGCCAGGGCCCGAAGGAAACCAGGAGGACUUUCUGCCACUGAAACAUCUAGUCAUAGUCCUACUGAGUGUCAGGAGCCUUCCUCAUCUAGGCCUUCCAGGAUAGACCCUCAAGAGCCCACUCACUCUAAAACACUAGCCCCGAUGGAGCUGGAGCCAAUGUACAGCAAUGUAAAUCCUGGAGAUAGCAACCUGAUUUAUUCCCAGAUCUGGAGCACCCAGCAUACAAAAGAAAACUCAGCUAAUUGUCCAAUGAUGCAUCAAGAGCAUGAGGAACUUACAGUCCUCUAUUCAGAAUUGAAGAAGACACACCCAGAUGACUCUGCAGGGGAGGCUAGCAGCAGAGGCAGGGCCCAUGAAGAUGAUGAAGAAAACUAUGAGAAUAUUCUGAACCCAGGAAAGGACAAAGUUCAAGAUUUUCCAUGUCUUUGUAACACUUAGCCCUGUGCAAAUCAGUGUAUGUGAGUGGAAGGAGGAGUGAGUCCUAACUGUACAUCUCGGAUAUAACAAAAGUGCAAAUUCUGAUUGCCCUGCAAAAUGAAUUAUUCUCAUGCAUUGCUGUACUUGACUUUUCCCUUUGAAUUCACAACGAAAAACCCACAGCCCAGAAAUCUAAAAAACAGUAAUUUUAGUGGAGCCUUUGAAAAUAAAAGACCAUUGGAAAAAGUA